AUGCUUCCAAAGAUCUCUGAGGAUGAGAUCGUUGAGAACCUCAAGAAGCGUUACAUGAAUGACUUCAUCUAUACAAACAUUGGACCAGUGUUGAUCUCUGUCAAUCCAUUCAGGAACCUGAAUAACACUGGAGAUGAUUAUGUCGAUGCAUAUAGAGGCAGACAUGCACAGGAGGUACCACCUCAUAUUUAUCAGUUGGCAGAGGCUUCUUACCGCGCGAUGAAGAACGAUCAGGAGAAUCAAUGUGUGAUCAUCUCGGGUGAGUCGGGCGCCGGCAAGACAGAGUGCGCCAAGCAGAUCAUGAACUACAUCUCCAAGGUGUCGGGUGGCACCGACAAGGUCGAGUACGUCAAGCACGUGAUCCUCGGCUCCAACCCCCUGCUCGAAGCGUUUGGCAAUGCCAAGACGCUGCGUAACAACAACUCGUCUCGCUUUGGCAAGUACUUUGAGAUCCAGUUCGACAAGGCUGGUGACCCCGUCGGUGGCAAGAUCUACAACUACCUGCUGGAGAAGUCGCGUGUCGUCUACCAGAACCCAGGCGAGCGUAACUUCCACAUCUUCUACCAGCUGCUGGCUGGUGCCUCGGCACAGGAGAAGAAGGACCUGGUGCUGUCAACACCCGACAGCUUCUACUACCUCAAUCAAUCAGAGUGCUACACUGUUGACGGUGUCGACGACGCCGCUGACUACCGCGAGGUGCGCGAGGCCAUGACUACCAUCGGCAUGUCGCCCGAGGAGCAAGGCAUCCUCAUGCGAAUCGUCUCAUGUGUGCUUCACAUUGGUAACAUCUACUUUAUCGAGGACGACAAGGGCAAUGCCGCCGUGUACGACCCCAACGCAUUGGACUUGGCCGCAUCUAUGCUGUGCAUCGACCCUGCCACACUACAGAACGCCAUCUUGUUCCGUGUGAUCAACACGGGAGGCGCUGGUGGUGGCACGGGCAACCGUCGUUCCACCUACAAUGUGCCACAGAAUGUCGAGCAGGCAAACGGCGCUCGUGAUGCCCUGGCGCGCACCAUUUACGAUCGUAUGUUCACCUGGCUGGUGGAGCGAGUCAAUGUUGCGCUGUCCUACUACCAGACACCAUUCAAGAACGUCAUUGGUAUCCUGGACAUCUUUGGCUUUGAGAUCUUUGAGAAGAAUGGUUUCGAGCAGUUCUGCAUCAACUUUGUCAACGAGAAGCUGCAACAAUACUUCAUCGAGCUGACCCUCAAGGCCGAGCAAGAGGAGUACGUGCGCGAGGGCAUCAAGUGGGAGCCCAUCAAAUACUUCAACAAUCAGAUUGUGUGCGAUCUGAUCGAGGGCAAGGCUCCACCCGGCAUCUUCUCGCUGCUGGACGACAUUUGCUACACGAUCCACGCGCAGUCCUCUGGUACUGACCAGAAGUUCCUCGAGAAGAUGGCCGGCGUCUUUGAUGGCCAUCUCCAUUGGCGAUCAAUGACCGGUGCCUUUGCCGUCAAGCAUUAUGCAGGUGAGGUGACGUACGAGGCCGAAGGAUUCUCAGACAAGAACAAGGACACAUUGUUCAACGACCUGAUCGAAGCCGUUCAGACCUCAAAGAUGGCCUACCUCAACAGUUUGUUCAAUGAGGACACGACACUGCUCCAGAAGAAGCGUCCAACUACCGCAGGCUUCAAGAUCAAGAACUCUGCCACUGAGCUCAUGAAGGCAUUGUCACAAUGCACGCCUCACUAUGUUCGUUGCAUCAAGCCCAACGAGACAAAGAAGGCAAAGGACUGGGAUGGACACAGAGUUAGACAUCAGGUGCAGUACCUCGGUCUGCUCGAGAACGUUCGUGUACGUCGUGCCGGUUUCGCCUACCGUGCGCCAUUCGAGAGAUUCUUGCGUCGCUACAAGAAGCUCAGCUCCAAGACCUGGGGUCUGUGGGGCGAGUGGAAGGGCGACCCCAAGGAGGGUGCUCGCACUAUCUGCCAGGACCUCAACCUGGACCCAGCCCAAUGGCAGAUGGGCACGACCAAGAUCUUUGUGCGCCAUCCCGAGACCGUCUUCCACCUGGAGGAGGCGCUGGACCGCAAGGACACCGAGUGCAUCCACAAGAUCCAGAAAGCCUUCAGAAACUGGAAGGCCAAGAAGCACUCGCUAGAGCAGCGUGCCCAGAUCGCCAACAUCUUCCUCAACAAGAAGGAGCGCCAAAGGAACUCGAUCGACCGCAAGUUCACCAUGGACUACAUCGACUUUGACAAUCAGUUCAAGGUGCAAGAGGCCAUGGAGAACGCUCACAAGAAGGAGCGCAUCGUCUUUGCCGACAACGUCAUCAAGGUGGACCGUCGCGCCAAGACCAAGCCACUGAUCCUAGUCGUAUCGGAGCAGGCCGUCUACUUUGUCGAGAAGGCCAUCAAGAAGAAGAUGGAGGUGUACACGCUCCUGAGGAGGAUCUCAAUCAGAGACAUCCGCUCGAUCGGUGUCUCGACGCUGGCCGACAACUACGUCGUGCUAGGCCUGCCCGAGUUUGACCAGGUUAUCGAAAACGAGCGCAAGACAGAGCUGCUCAUCAUCCUCAUCGAGAACUACAAGCAGCUUUCGGGCUCAGCUCUCAACAUCAACUUCUCGGACAACAUCUCCUACUCGCUGAAAAAGAACGAGCAGCGCAUGAUCACCUUUGCCAGGAACGAGCAGGCGCAGCCCAUCCCCAUCCUGAAGAAGGGUGGCAAGGGUCCUGCUGUCGGUGUGGCCUCGGGCCUGCCCAGCUCCACCAACUCCACGCCAAAGAACUACAAUCCAAACUCGAUGGCCAACGCGCAGAUCCGUGCUCCCACUCCAAAGAAGGCUGCAGCUCAGGCCCAGAACACUGGCGGUCCAAGACUCCAAGUGCCAACUGGCAUUCAAAUGCCAGGCGUUGGCGGCAGAGGUGGUCCAAUGGGUGGCGGUGGUGGCCGUGGCGCUCCAAUGGGUGGCGGCGGCGGUGCCCCAAUGGGCGGUGGUGGUCGUGGUGCCCCAAUGGGUGGCGGCGGCGGUGCUCCAAUGGGUGGCGGCCGUGGCGCUCCAAUGGGCGGCGGUGCUCCACAACAAGGACGCGCACCACCACCUCAACAACAAUCGGCUCCCAAGCCAGCGGCUCCACAGAAACCAACAGUCCGAGCCUUGUACGAUUAUGACGCAGCCAGCCAAGAUGAGCUGUCCUUCAAAGAGGGCGAUGUAAUUGCCAUCAUCCAGAAGGACAAUGGAGGUUGGUGGGAAGGUGAGCUCAGAGGCAAGAAGGGAUGGAUCCCAGCCAACUAUGUCCAGUAA